UAGUAACAGACGGAAGCUGUCAAAGCAACAAGCUUGUGUUUUGAGUUCAACGCUGCAAGAGGUCACAUCAUGAAGUGCUAAUCAAGAAAAUUGUGAAAAUGUUUGUAUACGUGUUAAUUUGUGCAGCUGUUCUCUAUAUCUGGUGGUGGAUAAGAGAUGGCUCAAGAAUUUCUACAGUUACAGACAAAUAUGUUCUAAUUACUGGAUGUGACACUGGGUUUGGAAAUUACGCUGCACGUACUUUUGAUAAACAAGGAUUCCGAGUUCUAGCAACCUGUUUGACGGAAAGUGGAGCUCGAGAUCUAAAGCAGGAGACAUCAGAGCGACUUAAAACAGUGUUACUGGACGUAACUGAUGCUGAGAAUGUUCAGAGAGUUGGUGAAUGGGUGAAAGAGGAAGUUGGGAGUCAAGGUCUUUGGGGUUUAGUGAACAAUGCCGGAAUUAUGGGUACUCUGGCUCCCAUGGACUGGCUCUCUCUUGAUGACAUUCGACAACCUAUUGAAGUUAAUUUAAUUGGUUUAAUCCACGUCACCUUGGUCAUGCUUCCCAUGCUUAAGAAAGCAAAGGGUCGGAUUGUGAACAUAUCCAGUGUUGGCGGCAGAGUGGCUGCUAGUGGCGGUGGAUAUUUUACCUCUAAAUAUGGAGUUGAAGGAUUUAAUGACAGUUUACGGCGAGACAUGAAGACAUUUGGAGUAAACGUCUGCUGCAUUGAACCUGGUCUAUUUAGAACACCUUUGUCUGAUCCGAACACAGUUUUACAACAACGUACACGUAUCUGGGAGAAACUUAAUGCCAGUAUUAAGGAAGAAUAUGGAGAAAAUUAUUUACCAAUAGAUGCAGCAAAGAAAAAAAAAUUAAACCUUAUCCGGAGUAGUGACCUGUCCAUUGUCGUAUGGUGCAUGGAACAUGCUCUGACCAGCCAACAUCCCAGAACUCGUUACAGUGUUGGAACAGAUGCCAACUAUUUCUGGGUGCCAUUGUCUUACAUGCCAACAUUUGUUCAGGACUAUAUCAUACUGAAAAACAAAGUGAAGAUCCCUACUACCAGUGCAAUAUAAACAUUCUGUAGCACAAUAUUAUUCGUUAUGCCAAAAUUAAAGUAUGAACAGAUUUGUAUUGCUGUUGGUGCCCCCACUCGGGAGAUUUACCCUCUCCAUGUGUCUAUUGGGCCAUUUGCACCAGGACACAUGUAAUGACUACUGUAUAAGAGGGGAAUGCUCUUGCUUUGGAGAGAUAUCUUCUCAAUUUUGUCUCUGGGACAGGAAGUGAAGGGAAAUUUCCCCAAUGGGAUAAAGACAGCAAAACAAUGUGUGGUCUUACCUGUAAAUAAUAUCACCCGGUUAAUGUGAAUAUAAUUACUUGCAUAUAAUGUUUAAAAUACAUUGUUACAAUAUGCACUUUUAAACUACCUAUGUACAUGGGACUGUGUUAUCUGCAAAUGCUGUGUGAAUGCUUUGCUACCUUCACAAUGAUCAAUGACUCCUUCUACCUCAGUGCAUGAAUGUGUAUAGCUCAGUCUUGUAGUGAUUCUUUAAACUAAGGAAGGGACUAAACAAGGGUGAUGCAAGCACCAUGCUUGUAUCACUCUGCUAAAUAUAGAAAUGGAGCAGAGGCAGCUCCUAAGUAACAAAAGGGGUGCAAGCUCUUUAAUUAAAAGGUUCUUUGUUCUGUUGUGUCUGACAGACAGUACAGAGAACAGAGAGCUGGAGCUGCAUGAUUCAAUCUCCCUGCUGUCCUCAGCCCUCUGCUCUGCUCAGAGCAGGAGGAGAGGAAGGUUGUUAACCAAGCGGGCUCUGCUCUUGUAGUGUAAUCACUGCACAAGCAGAGAGACGGAUGUGAUCAAUCUACUACCAGAUCCCAUCUCAUAGGACAGGUUCCACCUAGCAGGAAUCAUGGGAAUAAUUUUUUUAUGGAAAACUGUCACAUUCCCCUUGUUAAUUAGGAACAGACAUGGGCUAGUUUAUUUUUCACUCUAAAAUAGAAACUGGCACAGGUGGCACAGAUAGAUCAGGAAACAGAUCUGUCUGCUUAGUUAAUGUGGUGCACGCAAAUUCUGACAGUUUCCUGUACCAUUAUAAUGUUGCAGGAAGUUUAGUUCAUUCCCCUGUAAGAGUGUCAAUGUGUAAAAUUUCAAGCCAAGACAUGUUUACUGGGGGAAAUACAUGGGCUGUCAAUGCUGAUCCCUCCUACUUAAAGUGCUAGUUAUCUGGCUGCAAUACAGAGGUAUGCAGAUCAGAUAGAUCAUUAGCAGAAUGAGAUAUGAAUAUAGGCAUAAUUGCAUUUCUCCCAUAUCUUACUAUAUAUGGGUUAUCUAGUCAGUAUUUAUCUGUAUUUAAUCAGCUGUAAAAUGUGUAAGUUUUAUAUAUUUAUCUAAAGGAACAUUAAAGUUUUGUACAAAAUUGCAGAAACAGA